GCAAUUCGGUCGCAGCCGCCGGCUCUCUCCCCUCCCGUCUCCCGGCCCUGCGUUUGUGUAUGUUUUUGCUCGGGCGUGUGUGUGUCAGCGUGCCACGGGAUUAUAAAUUUUACUUCGACAUCAACAGGCUGCUCCUGCUGCGCCGGGAAUGUAUCCGCCGUCCGGACUGUGAGCGGCGCACCAGGGAGAGAUAAGGCUUUGGUUUGGUCCAGGGAUCUGUCGGUCUGGACCAGCAGGAUGACAGAGCUGGCCGGUCCCACUUCAAUCAUGGAAUCUGAGAUGAUGUUUCAGCCAGAGUCGGAUCAGAUAUCUCCAGCUGAACCUAAGUCUCCGCCCUUGGACCUGAUCGACACGGGAAAAGGGCUCAAGGUCCAAACUGCUGAACCCCAUCUGGUUAGCCUGGGCAGUGGCAGGCUCAGUGUGGCUAUCACCCUGCUGCCACUGAAAGAGGGAGUCACACGCAUAGGCAGAGAGGAUGCUCCAAUACCUCAGGAUAUCACCAUCCAGGGGCCGGGCAUCGAGGCAGAGCACUGCCUCAUCUUCAACGAAGGUGGUGUGGUGACCCUGGACCCCUGUGGUCACCUCUGCAGUCUAGAUGGAGUCCAGGUGACAGUACCUACACCCCUAACACAGGGAUAUUCACUUUGUCUGGGUAAAUCUUAUUUUUUCCGAUUCAACCACCCUGAAGAGGCCAGCAGGAUGAAGAGCAUGCUCCCUCAGAAGAGUCCAGUGUCGGCUUUAGCCUACAAUACAGAUUAUCUGAAGUUCAGCAGUGACUACAGUCAUGCGGUGGUGGGGGGCACCGGCACCGCUAGAGGCAUGCGAUCGGCCUCUGAGCUCCGGGACCUGAUGGAUACUCUGCAACGCAAGAAAACUGCCCUGGAAAACAGCCUGAGAGCCAAUGGGAGCGCCAACCCCUCCUACUUCAGCGUGACACAGUCUCCUCCCACCACACCCGUCUCUAGUCCUACCACGUCUUCAUCGUCCUACCAGGACCAGGCAAGGCGUUACUACGGGUCUGAUCGGCCCCCUAUGUCUUUGAAAACCGGUCCCGGUCGACGAUCCGAUUCGUCGUCUUCUCUCGCCUCGCGCACUUCCAUUGGCCGCAGUCAGGACAGCGGCGGCAUCGGCGACAGCCGGCGACUGCACCACCAAGGUUCCUCUCCUCUGCUGUCCACGUGGAACGGUGGAGGUUCCUCCUCCUCCGUCGCUGGAAGCGAUAGCUUCUUGCUCUCUGCUCCUCCCCCGUCCUCUUCAUCUCGCGCUCCAUCCGCGGGCGGAGCGGCCAGCAUGCCUUCGAGUCCCCGUCUGGGCCGUCGCAGCUAUGGGAACCAAGACCCGUCGCCCGCUAGUCGAACCAGGAAAUACUCAGCUGGUUCCCUGAAUAGCAUGAUGACAGGGGGGCAUAGCCGCUCGCUGCCACGCCUUUGCCCCUCGCCAUCUCCUCGUGGUGACAAUGGAGCACUGACCUUGUCAACGCUUCCUCCAAGACGCUCUGAUAUUGCUGGCGGAUAUAAAUUUAGCAACAGUCGGAAUACCAGCCCUGAACUCAACCACAACUCCAGCAAUUCCUGCCAGCAAGCCUCUUACAGGAACCAAAUCCAGACCCCGAAUCAGGGUGAAAGUGUUGUGUCCAUCUCCCUCUCCACCCUUAAGAGUUCUUCCUCAACCACUCAGUCCAUCUCCUCCCCCGUGACCCCUCCAGACGUGACGAUCCCAUCCAAACCCGGAGGCUCGUCUUCUCCCCGUGUCGCCAAAAAACUCAGCCUCACCUCCACCAGUUCUCUGGGCUCGGUCAGCUCCACCAGCUCCAGCCCCGCAGAAGGGGAACGUCUGGCCGGCCAAGGAGUCUCCUCGGGGAAAGAGAUGUGUUCGGGAGAGAGGGAGAGGCGAGGAGGAGGUCUAGAACUCAUCAGCGCCCCAGGUCUGGGGCUGGGGGAGAGGAGGGCUUCCUUUGGGAAGGGGGGGCUUGAACCUGGUAUUGGUUUGGGGGAAAGGAAGAUGUCCUUUGGGAAGGCUGGGGUGAUGCCACCAGGAGGCUUUAGGGAAAGAAGGGGAAGCAUCAGCUCACUGAGUGGCAAAGAGGAGCUAACAGAUUACCAUCUUCGCCAGAAAGAGGAGAGACUUCGUGAACAGGAGGUGGAACGGCUGGAGAGGCAGCGGCUAGAAACCAUCUUGUCUCUUUGCUCCGAGCUCGGCCGGUCUGAAAGGGACGGAGGUGGACCCCCUCCAAGUUCUACUUCAGCUGUUGCAGACCUUCAGAAGAUCAACCAGGAACUGGAGAAGCUCCAAGUGAACGAUGACGACGACGACGACGACGAUGACACGCCAUCAGUGUUUUCGGACUCCUCGGUUCUCAAUGGAACAGCAGGCAAUGGUCACAUGACCCCUCAUCGAUCAGAGAACGGUUUCUACGAUGAGGAUCUGCAGGUACGACGGCGGCGCACCAGCGGACACAGCAGGGCCGAGUCUCCUGCUGUCAGUGUGCGAAGCUACGCCCCAUCACCCUCUCCACGUGCACAGAUGACCAGUGAGCAGGGUCUAGAUGAUGCAUCCCAAAGCAGAGGACAGCACUCGAUGCCUUCAGAGGAGGACGUGAGACGUGUAGAGGAGGAGAGGAUCCAGGCGCUGAACAACAUGGAGGAGCUGGAGCAGAAAAUCAAAGAGCUGGACAACCAAAUGGAGGAAUCUGCCCGAGAGGUGGAAGUGGAGCAAGCGCUGGUCGAAGCUGAGCAAGAAUCAGAGGUAGCUGCUCUGCAGCGGGAAAAAGAUGCUUUGGAAGCACUUCACAACAAGCUGGAGGACCUGGAGAACAAGUCCAAACAGGAAAAAGAAAAGGCGUGUGAGUUGCUGCAGGCAGAAAGGGACAGGGUAGAGAGGUUGGCUCAGAUUGUGUGUGAGCAGCGCUCCCAGCUGGACAGCUGCCCUGAAGCCACCAAGGAGCCCCUGCAGGAGCAGCUAGCCAGGGAUUGUGAAGUGCUGGAGGCAGAGACCAAGCGGUUUGAGGACCUGGAGUUUCAGCAGCUGGAAAAGGAGAGCCGGCAGGAUGAGGAGAAGGAGAACCAGGCUCAAGAGCUUCUCAGGGAAAUUGCAGACUACCAGCGCAGCUCCGUCACCCGCAAAGAGCGACUGUCAACUCUUAAGAAGCAGGCAGUGCAGAUUACCCAGCAGGCUCAGCAGGAGAAGGAGAGCUUCUUGAAGGAGAGGAGCAGCCUUGAAUCAAUGCUGCAAAGAGAGAAGGAGCACCUUGCCUUGCUAGAAAGAAAGUAUGCAGACCUCACUGGUGGCCGGAGCUUCUCCCUAAGGGAGGGCUAUGUCACAGUCCAUGAAAUCAAUGAGCUUUACUCACAGCUUGGGCAGGAGCCUAAACCUGCCCCUGCCCGCCCUCUGGCCAAAACCUCUCCUGAGUCUGAGGUAAACCCUUUCUCCGACGAGGACACCCCCAAAUCGACGGAGGAUGAGCUUUAUCAUUCUCCUUCACCGGUCGACUGUCAAUCCUCUUCCUCCUCUUCUUCCUCCUCCCAUAAAAAUUCUCGUCCUCUUCCCAAAACGCCCUCUGUGCACUGGCCAGAGAACAUGGUGUCAUACCGAGACCCCUCCCCUCUCCCCGACUCUCCCCCGCCUCCCCUUCCUGCCAAAACACACCAACGGCACAGGCAGCAUUUCCGUUUCCUGGAGGAGAAGAGGCGGUCUGAGAGAGAAGGCGGGUCCCACCUAAGCGAUACUUUACCCAGGAAGAGAACUCCCCCCACUUUGAACCCUCAGUUUACGUGCGCGACGCUCGGACGCAGCUUCCAAAGCAAGUGCCACCAGCCCCUGGUCCAGAGCACCAGCUGUGGUAGUAUUCUCCCAAAGAUCUUCUCCUUGACCAACAAGGAAAGUGAAUCUCGACGACUGCAUAAAGGUCAGCCAGGCUCCCGAGCAGCUUCCCAGACCAACGUCUACCUUGACACCUUUGGGUACCGUGACAACCAGGCUUUUGACACCAUGAGUGUGGAUAGCAGCGACUCCAUUGACACCAGCAUCUCUGCUUGCUCACCUGACAAUGUCUCCAGUGCCAGUACAUCAAACAUGGUCAAGCUGGAGGAGAUGGAGCGCCUUCUGAAAGAAGCGCAGGCCGAGAAACACCUCCUCCUGGAGCACAAGGAGCAAGAAAUGGAAAUCCGGAAACAGGCCUUGGAAGAUGAGAGGAGAAGAAGGGAAGACCUGGAGAAAAGGUUACAGGAGGAAACAAGCAGACGGCAGAAACUCAUCGACCGGGAGGUGAAACUGCGAGAAAAACAAAGAGCACAGUCGCGGCCACUAACUCGAUACCUGCCAGUGAGAAAGGACGAUUUUGACCUGCGGUCUCACAUUGAGUCGGCGGGCCACAGCACAGACACGUGCUUCCACCUGUCCAUCUCUGAAAAGACCUGCCGAGGCUACCUGGUCAAGAUGGGAGGCAAGAUCAAAACCUGGAAGAAACGCUGGUUUGUCUUUGACCGCAAUCGACGCACACUCUCCUAUUACGCAGACAAACAUGAAGCCAAGUUGAAAGGAGUGAUUUACUUCCAAGCUAUUGAAGAAGUAUAUUAUGAUCAUUUGAAGAGUGCACAUAAGAGUCCGAACCCCUCCCUAACCUUCAGUGUGAAGACGCAUGACAGAGUGUACUACAUGGUCGCUCCCUCCCCUGAGGCCAUGAGGAUCUGGAUGGAUGUGAUUGUGACAGGCGCUGAGGGAUACACCCAGUUCAUGGUGUAGCCAAGGGGUGAUGGUAUAAAAUGUUAACGAGUGUCUAUUUAGUGCGUUUUUUUUUUCUUCCCAUGCCAGAGGAGUGCUGUGGAGUGCUUUUCAUCAGCAGGUCAUCAGAAACCUGUUACAUUUCCUAUAAACUGACUGUUGACUAUGCAUAACUGCUAUUUUAUUGAUUACUCUAAGAGGAACAUUUUUAUCAUAUUCAUUGAAGAGGUGGCGUGAUGUCAUUAUUUUGAGUAGACAGCCACAUUCACACGCUCCUCAUUGGGAAUAAUAAUAAUAAUAAUAAACAAAGGGGAGAGAAAAAAGCACUAUAUGGACCCUCAACCUAACACCUUUUUGGGACUUGAGCUGAUCAAUUCCCCAUCCCUUUUUUCUUUAAUCUCGGACUGUUUAUUUAUAUAUGAGUAGAUAUUGCUAUUGCUGCGUUGGAGAUUUUCUGUCUUUCUGAGACGAACACUCCAGAAUACUGUAAAAAUGUUACGUGAAACACGCAGAGCUAUGUUUAUGUUGAUCUUUGUAAAAGUGUGGACAUGUACAGAAUAAACACACAUUUUUAUGCGAUUUCAAUCUCAAUUCCACAGGAGUAAUUAGUUUGGGAAAUCUGAGAUGUACUGAGGUGCCACCCUCCCUUUGGAUAAGCUGAAGUGUACUUUACAAUAUUACCUAAAUUUUAAGAUCCAUGCAAGGAAAAUAUUUACACACACACACACACACACACACACACACACACACACACACACACACACUUAUAUAUAUAUAUAUACUAUGUAAAUUGAUUAGUCUUCAGUCAGUCCUUCUUGAUGGUUUUUCAUACAUUUUUAGCAAAAUACCUGUUUAUUUAGGGUUAUUAAGGGUAUUUUUUCACUUAGUUUAGAUUUGUCAUCACUGUUUAUAUAUAUACUGUGGCAUUCUCAGGUCUAAACUGUGUGCUUGGACAUGCACGCAUCAAAUAAUAUUGUCUAAAAUAAGUGCCUGUUUUGGGUGCGUCCAUGUACACAUCUAUUUACUGUGGGCUUUGAUUGCAGCUCCAAGGUGCUAUUGUUUCAUAAUAUUCAAAAACAUACCCUCAAAAAAUAUUCUCAAACGAGUGGAAUUAGACUUCCAAAAAUGAUGGAGUGUGAAUUUUCUUUGUUCCUGAUUGUUAUUUCUGUCUUCUACCUAAUGUGUUGUGUUUAAAUUUAGUGUGAAAAUUUGUGGUGACACUUUUAUAAACAGCUCUUAAAAAUGAAACAUUUUGUUAUUUUCUCAUGUGAAUUGAUAAGAAUGUGAGCCACAAAAUUGUAAUUAUUGGACAUUUUGUUUCAAAGUUAUGAAGUAUCUCUGAGAGUUAAGAUCCAUUAUCAGCUCAAGUGCUAUAUUUGUGCCUUUUUUUUAAUUAUAUUUUAUGUGAUAGUAUUUUUCAAAUGCAUCCUAUGUAUAUUUUUGAGACUUACAGUUAUCUGUAUACUUUUUUGAGAUAUCCAGAAGACAGAUCUAUGGUACAUUUAUUUGUCAGUCGUCGAAACCGACUGAUUAUUGUGCUGCUUUUUUCUCCAUUAGCCUUCAAUGCAUGGCAUUUAUUACCACUACUUAAAUACUUUGGUUUAAAUUACUUUUCCACCAUGAUUACUUAAGCUGCUUUUAUAUUAUGUAUGAAAAUCCUUAAUCAGUUAGAAUAGUUAAGUUUGCUAAGUGGAUAUAUUUUCUCGCCUCUAUGUUGUUGUUUUGUUGACCAAAUUAUUUGUCCAAUUGAUAUGUAUAUGUGGUUUUUUGCUUUGUCUUCGCUGAAAUCGCAGUGAGAUCAAAAGUAUGUGUUGUCUAUUUUGACAUGACAUAACGUCUGAUGGAGCAUUUACAGAGUUUCUUUAAUCCUUGUUUCUUUUCUUUCUUUUCUUUUUUUUUAUGCCGAUCCUAAUGUAUUUAUGUUUUCAGUGCAUGCAUCCUAAUUUUUAAUAAAUGAUUUAUCUUUC